UCAGAAGGCGUUUGUUCACUAUCGUGUUACUUUCUAAAUGACAAUCAACAUAAAUGUUUUGAGAACUGUUUCUCGUUUCUUAUCGAUAUUGUUGUCAGUGGCAAAUUGUAAUAAUCCGUACAAAAAAAAUACAAAUAAAAAAUAAAUAGAGGACUUCAACUAAAUGUAUAAUUAGGCUAACUGUGUGAGCUGUGGUUCUUAUUUCAUACGAGAAACAGCACGUCUUGAAAUGCACAGGUUUCAGGACAGCUUGAGGUUUUGGGUCCAGAAGGAAUGGAAAACAUCCAGACGUUCCCAGAACCAAAAAACCAGUUGUGGCGAUGGGCACUGACACAAAACCACUAGAGAGUAUCCCUGAAAAUAUAAGUGUCAUUACUGUUACCGUUCCUACAGUCAAUAAUGGAGCAGAAUUAUACCCUAGCAAGAAAACUUUGUCAGAUGAUUCUUAUUUAUGAACCCGAUAACCUAGAGGCCAAACAAUUUAUUCCCCUUAUUGAAGAGAAGAUGCUGAUAGUAAACUUUACUUUCCAUUUUGGUGAAAUAAGAGGAGUUUCGUAGAAGGUGACAACAGCGAUAGGAGUGAGGACAUUUGUAUCUCAGAACUGAUGGCAGCGUCUGAUCCUUCCUCCUCUGGCGUCGGUCCGGAUCCCAACUCGACUAAUUUACGACCCCCAUCCACAACUUAUGACGCAUGGUGUGGAGUUGCUCAUGGAUGCACAAGAAAACUUGGAAUGAAGAUCUGUGGUUUCUUGCAAAAGAACAACAGUCUCGAUGACAAGAGCCGCAUCGUCAGCUCCCUGAAGGAACGUCAGUCUUCUAAUCUACUGGGUUGUGAAAACAGCGAGCGGGAAUGCAGGUUCCGGCGCACCGAGACCGACUUCUCCAAUUUAUUCGCAAGAGAUUUAUUACCAGCCAAAAAUGGAGAGGAGCAGACUAUGCAGUUCCUGCUGGAGGUGGUUGACAUUCUCUUGAAUUAUGUCAAGAAAACCUUCGACAGGUCCACCAAAGUGCUGGAUUUUCAUCACCCCCAUCAGCUCUUGGAAGGGAUGGAAGGCUUUAAUCUGGAACUCUCUGACCAGCCAGAGUCUCUGGAACAGAUCCUAGUAGACUGCAGAGACAGUUUGAAAUAUGGAGUGAGGACAGGCCACCCUAGGUUUUUCAACCAGCUUUCCAGUGGAUUGGACAUUAUUGGUUUGGCUGGAGAAUGGCUCACCUCAACAGCCAACACUAAUAUGUUUACCUAUGAGAUUGCUCCAGUGUUUGUCCUUAUGGAGCAGCUCACCCUGAAGAAAAUGAGGGAGAUGAUUGGUUGGCCAGGUGGAGAUGGGGAUGGUAUAUUUUCACCUGGUGGAGCCAUAUCCAACAUGUACAGUGUCAUGGCUGCUCGGUACAAGUAUUUCCCUGAAGUCAAAACCAAAGGCAUGGCUGCUGCCCCCAAACUGCUCCUCUUUACAUCAGAACACAGCCACUAUUCUAUAAAGAAAGCUGGUGCUGCCCUUGGGUUCGGAACAGAAAAUGUUAUUUUGCUGAAAAGCGAUGAAAGGGGGAGAGUUAUACCAGCUGAUUUGGAAGCCAAGAUUCUUGACGCUAAGCAAAAGGGACAUGUUCCAAUGUUUGUGAAUGCCACAGCUGGCACCACAGUAUACGGUGCUUUCGACCCCAUCCAGGAGAUUGCAGUCAUCUGUGAAAAGUACAACCUGUGGCUCCACGUAGAUGCUGCAUGGGGAGGUGGAUUACUAAUGUCCAGGAAGCAUCGCCAUAAGCUGAAUGGCAUUGAAAGGGCCAACUCUGUGACCUGGAAUCCACACAAAAUGAUGGGAGUUUUGUUACAGUGUUCAGCCAUUCUUGUCAGAGAAAAGGGUAUUCUCCAAGGCUGCAAUCAGAUGUGUGCCGGAUACCUCUUCCAGCAGGACAAGCAGUAUGACAUAUCCUAUGACACCGGAGAUAAGGCAAUACAGUGUGGCCGUCAUGUGGACAUCUUUAAAUUCUGGCUCAUGUGGAAAGCAAAGGGCACAAUAGGAUUUGAGCAACAGAUUAACAAGUGCUUGGAGCUCUCCGAGUACCUCUACACUAAAAUAAAGAACAGGGAUGGGUACCAAAUGGUCUUCGAUGGAGAGCCUCAGCACACAAACGUUUGUUUCUGGUACAUUCCACUAAGCCUCAGGGGUAUGCCUGAUUGUGAAGAGAGAAGGGAAAGGUUGCAUAAGGUUGCUCCGAAAAUCAAGGCAUGUAUGAUGGAGACAGGUACAACUAUGGUAGGAUACCAGCCUCAAGGAAAUAAAGUCAAUUUCUUCAGAAUGAUCGUCUCAAAUCCAGCUGCCACAAAGUCAGACAUUGACUUCCUCAUUGACGAAAUCGAGAGACUGGGGCACGAUUUGUAAAAAACCAGAGCCCUCACUCGCGAGUCAUCAGAGUCUCGGUCGAAGGCACAUUUCUAACCAGUUUUGACAUGACCAGUUCUAAACAGACCUACAGUGAGGUUUCAGGUUCCUGUUGCAUCUCGCGCUUUUAAAACCUGUCUGUAGGUCUUUUUAGGGAAAAGGCAAGCUGUAACUGUAAUAUCCAGAAGUGUUAUGUCAAUAUGUAUUCAAGUUUGUUCUGUCUUUUAGCAGUGACUAUACCGUAUUAGAAUUAACGACUGUAUUUAAGAAUUCUUUUAAGGUUUAAAAGUAUCCAUCCUGUACUUGACUAUAUGAAUAAUCCUCAGCAUGUGUGCCACAUUGAGAGAGUGCUAGGGUUCCUGAACUGUUGAGUGCUGUGGACAGUGCGUGCCGUGAACCAACCCUAGAGGUGAGGUAUAGCGCAAACAUUAUACCUAUUUAAAUAAACAUAAUUUCUCUUUAACUCUAUUAUACUUAAUAUUGGUGCUCUUGCUAUAAAUGUAACUACAGCGCCUGAAGCACUACCUUAUAUCUUAGCUGUACUGCCGCUUUGGUGUGAGUAAAGGGGAUCACUGUAACACAGUCAUUGUCAGAGGUAUAAUAUUGCUGUUUUUAGAGAUAAUGAUUUUGUGUAGAUUGUGUAUAUUGCCUUUGUGACAAAAUAAUAUAUGUAAUAGUUUUACAGUAAGAGAUGUUUAAGAAAAAAUAUAUAUAUAGGUAUAUAAUGAAAUAUGUCCUUAUUUAUAUUCAGAAAUGACUAGUGUUAAAGAGUUGUCUAGUAUUUUCUUCCAUUUGUAAUUUAUCUUUAUUUAUAUAACACUAUAUGAUCAAAGUGAGUUUUCAAUAAUGUUUUUAGUGUAUUUGUGAGCCAAAGAAAUUGACAUUUGCUAAUAUAUUUAUUCAGUUGCUCUUAAAAUGUCACAUCUGUGGAUAUUACAGCUUUUAAAUUAUCACAAUGUCUGUAAAAAUCAAAUAUAAUUAUACAACACCCUAGCCCUUAGUCAAAUAUGUAUCUUCUAUAACUGGGAUAUCUCACUGAGUAUCGAUCGCAUUGUAUUAAUGUUCCUUUGUCAAACUGUGUAAGUGUCACUUGAACAAGAUCCCAGAUAUUUACCAUUAACAACUAUUAGCAAGACUACUUUAUAUGGUAAGAAACUCAAUCUGACAGAUGGAAUCUGCCCAGAAAACUAUACAAAUAUAUUGAAAAUUAUUUUUCUUUAAUAAGAUUUACUAUUUAAAAUGUAACAUGUGGAGGAUGGGAUCUGCAGAUGCUAAACCUAAGCAUACUUUGCAAAAACGCUGUAGUCUUUACAGCUAUAAUAAAACAAAUAUAUUUAAAACACUACUUUCUUUUAAUUGUUCAUGCUAAAACUGCAUUAAACAAAAUUAAGUAUGUCUGGCAUCACUAUUGUAUAUUUCUAUGUUGAUGUGUGGUGGGAAAUUAGUUUCAUUCUCAAGACUCGUAGAAUCCACAACGCAUUUUCUCCGUUAUAUUUUACAGCUGUACUGCCGUUAUUAGCAAUAAUGUUGAAAUUGCUAACAGAUGUAGUCCCAUGAAUUAUUUAAUCAGUUACAGCUACAGAAGAUGCUGCAUUUGUACUAUAAUUCAUAAAAGCUGUCACAAUAAUAAAAAAAAAGAUAAGGAUGUUCCGUGGGUUAUACUAGAAAUAUAUCAUUUAGUUAAUUGGUUUUUAAGAGUUGUGACAAAAUUCCUGUUUUAAUUUCAAAUCCACAGAACAAGUCAAACAUGUGUUUUGUAAAAAAAAGAAAAAAAGAAAAAAUCAUAUUUUUUAAAUAAUCAAUGUAAUUUCUAAAGUCACUUAUUUACAUCUUAAAUAUCUAUUUAUCAAGCGAUUGAUAUUAAUAAGGUACACACUCUUAUCAAUAACUACAUGUAUUGCUGACAAUAUACUAUGGAAGAAUGUAUUUAAUAAGAAAAAUUAAUCUGAUUUUCUUUUAGUUUGUGCUGUGAGUAACUUCUUAUUCUCCCAAGUAAAUGCUCACCUCUUGCUAUGCCUAAAUGUCCACAGACUUCAGAUUUCUCAAUGGCUCAGUUAGCGUUAAUUGCCUAUCUAUGUAAACAGAAAUUUCAGCAGUAAUAAAAGGUGAUGUAUUUAAUAUGUUCGACACAUGUCGAGUGCACAGAAAAUGUUAGUUAGAACCCAGUAAUUCAGUAUAUAAACUUAACCCAUAAUGUGAACCUUACACACUGCAGUGGUAGUGCUGAACAAAUAUGGGGGUUUGGAUUUAUCAUGAACUUAUUUAUCAUUAUCAUGAAAUCUUUUAGAUAGGAGUCUGUGCUGGAAAAUACCUUUUUUGGUAGUUUGGCAAUUGAGUACAUAUUGAAUUUUUUGUUUUCACAUGAAGAAUACACUAGACAUCAAGCUUUAAUCCAAAAGAAGAAAAUAAAAACUAGAUUGCAAAGAGUUUAAAAAAUCUUAUUUAUACCACAGUGGAACAAUGGUAGUCAUGUCUCACCCCCUCCCCAUCCGUCAUCCCUUCUGACCAGCUAUCAGACAGAAACAACUUCCAGCUGUCUACUUUGCACCAUCUGAAAAGACUUCUACAGGCCUGACUGCUGAUCGCCUGACUGGUUGUAUUCUUACAGUGAUCGUGACAUUAUGACAUCACUAAUGUUCGCUUUGCCUUGGCAAAGCAUUGUAACUGCUUGUGUUCUUUGUGAGUGCUUUGUUUAAGGUAAGGUGUUGACUAUGAAUGCAAUUAGUGAGUUGAAAUGGGUUAAUGGUGAUAAUAUUGUCUGAGCUAAAUUACAUUGUGCAUAAUUAUGCAGCUAAAUUUGGAAGCAGGUGUUUUAGCCUGUGAAAAUAAUUGCAUGGUAAUGAAAAUAAAGAGGCCAGAUUGCCAUUGUGUACCUGAA